ACCGUGAUCAUCCUUUCUCAGCUGGUGCUACGGCGACAGAAGUCAUCCUAUAACUACCUACUGGCCCUGGCUGUAGCCGACAUCCUGGUCCUGUUGAUGAUCGUGUUCGUGGACUUCCUGUUGGAAGACUUCAUUCUCGGAGUGCCUCUGCCCCACUCACUAAACAAAGUGGUGCAGGUGCUGGAGUUCUCCUCCAUCCACACCUCCAUCUGGAUCACGGUUCCCCUGACCGUGGACCGCUACAUUGCCGUGUGCCAUCCGCUGCGCUACCACACAGUCUCCUACCCAGCCCGAACUCGCAAAGUGAUCUUGGUGGUGUAUGUUGGCUGCCUGAUCACCAGCGUCCCAUAUUACUGGUGGCCGGAGCUGUGGCACGGUCUGCCGGGAGCAAGCGCCAGUGGCCGCAACAGCAGCGCAGGCCAGCACGUGUUGGUUUGGGUCCACUGUGCAACGGUUUACCUGCUCCCGUGCUCUGUUUUCUUCUCACUCAAUGCCAUCAUCGUACGCAAGCUCCGUUGCCGCCGUAGCUGCUUCGGUCUGCGUGGCUACUCCACCGGAAAAACCACGGCCAUCCUGCUGGCCAUCACCUCAGUGUUUGCUGUGCUUUGGGCACCACGCACCCUCAUGAUCCUUUACCACCUUUACACGGCCCAACCGGCAAUGCCUGGACCAGCCAAGCUGCUGCAUUUGGUCACAGACGUGGCGAACAUGCUCGCGCUGCUCAACACCGGUGUCAACUUCUUCCUGUACUGCUUCAUCAGCAAGCGUUUCCGCAGGAUGGCCGGCACGGUGCUAAAAGCCCUUUUCCAAUGCAGGAAGCAGCCGCCAUUUUACGCCAGUCACAAUUUCUCCAUCACCAGCAGUCCUUGGAUCUCACCAGCCAACUCACACUGCAUCAAGAUGCUGGUGUACCAGUACGACAAGAACGGCAAACCAGUCUGCAUAUCCUCCUGAACACCAACUCGAGUCAUACCAUACCAAUAUAACGCUGACUACUAAGUCAGGCAAGCUUGGGAAAAGUCCUUCCCGACUGGUGACGAGCUGAAGGCGGUGAUCGGUUUGUUGGAAAGUGCCUCAACGAGAGAUCCAGUG